GCAGCAUUUUACAUCAGCAUGCUAACGAUGCUAACGAUGCUAACAGCUAACUGAAGCUUUUCUGGUCUCAGUUUCCUCAGAUCCUCGUGAGUUCACCUCCUCUGCGUCCGUCAUGCUGCCGCUGAAGGAGAAGGACAAACCCGUCGUGCAGAAGCUGCUGUCGGCCGGCUGCUGCGCCCGCUGCGUCCUCCGCUUCUGCUGCGUGAGCGUCCAGGCUGCCUACAGGAAACCACAGCAGGAAACGCUCGAAGAACUUCGAGCUUUCAUCGGCGACACUGAAGACAGCAAAUCUCAAGAAUCAGCAGCAGCAGAGUCCACCGAAGAAAACAACAAAUCCCAUGAUGCCACAGUACCAGAACCACCUGAGGACCCCCCGAGCAAAAGAGCCAGACUGGAGGACCGAGACUCGAGUGUGUGUGUGGUGUGUUUGGGGAUCCUGCAGGAGCUGUGUGGCUCAGCUCAGGCCGUGAAGAUCUCUGAGAAGGUGAAGACAGAAAAGUACGAGUUUGACACUCUGGUGCUGUCCGUGUCUCUGCCGGCUCAGCUGUGUGUCCGCGAGCAUUCCUGCUGGCUCCACGUGAAGAAGGAAAUGAGAGAGAAGAGCAUGGCGGUCGACAAGGACGACGUCGUCCAGGUGAAGGAGGCCUUCAAGUGGAUCAUGCAGUCGCUGGUCGCCAAGGAGCUCGGGGGCGUUGCUGUGGUUACCAGGAGUUUGUUCGAGGUCGGCGUGGAGUUCACUCACCCGGAGACGGACGCUGACUGCCACUUCCUGUGAGUCCAAACGUCUCUGUGUGUUUAAAGGGGCAGCUA